AUGUCUGGCCUCGAACCGGUCGUCGCGCUCGCCCUGGCGUGCAAUGUUUUUCAGGUCAUCGGCAUCACGCGCGAGACAAUCCAUAUCGUGAGGCAGGUGUACAAGAAUGGCGAGAUCGACCCCGCCCUUAAUCCCCACGCGACGAGCCUGGACGACCUCUCCAAGCGGAUCCUGAGAGCGACGAUGCCAACGACAACGGCAGUAGGGACGACAACGACAAUACCAGCACAGCCAAGGCCGACCGAUCGGAAUACGCACCUACUAGGGCUCGCGAACAGGUGCCUGAAAGCAGCACAGGAUCUGCGCGAGGAGAUCAAAUUCUUGAAGGGCCCAGAUACGAAGUCCAAACUCGUGGUGAUGCUGAAGAGCGCGUCCAAAACGGUGUGGCGGCAGAGGCGACUCGACAGGCUGGAAAAAGACAUGCUGGUUGCGGAGCAAUUGCUGCAGACGGGCCUCCUCACGAGGAUCUUCGAGCAGAUCGAGAAGGCCGACGGCGGCCUGGAGAAGCUCAGUUCGGAUCUGCGAUCGUUUGUGGACGAUUGUCGCAAUGGUCGUGUGAAAGCGGCCCAGCUCGUGCGUGCUGAGGCUGUCCAGACGAGGAAGAACGUCACCAUCCAAAUCAAGGCAAGCACCCACGCCGGGAAGAGACACACGACGCAAGAGAUUACGCGGGUGGAGACCUCCUUGAAAAAGCAUAUCACACAAACAACGGUCCAGUUCCAGGCGACGCUCAGGCACCGCGUUUCGGCCGCUGCCAGGAGUGCGGUCGAGCGAGAGCAAGAUGCGUGGUUGGAAGUUCGCAGGGAGCGGCUCCUGCGCAGUCUCACGUUUGAUGGCAUGAAUGGGCGUAGGAACAUGAUUGCCGAGUCGCACCCCGAGACAUAUCAGUGGGUGCUGAGAGACGGGAGCGAUGCUGGAGGACCGGUGAAAUCUUUCGAGGCCGACGCCGACCACUCCUGGGACAGCUUCUCGGAUUGGCUUCGGUCUACGGAGCCAGUAUACUGGAUUAGCGGCAAGCCCGGAUCAGGGAAAACGACACUGGUCAAAUAUCUCCUGGGCCAUCGCCAGACGCGAAGUUUUCUGGAACUGUGGAGCCCUGGUGCUGUCCUCGUCUCUCACUUCUUCUGGCGACCUGGCACCCAGAUGCAGCAGAGCAUCAGAGGCCUUUUUACCUCCAUCCUCCACCAACUGCUUGAGAAGGACAAGGCAUCGCUCGACCGCAUCCUUUCUAGUAGUAUUAAGACGUCGGACAAAAACAUGGAGACGGACUGGUCCUACCAGGAACUUCAAUCGACCCUCCUCGACGUGAUGGCACACUACCCAAGAUCGAUGGCUCUUUUUGUCGACGGGCUCGACGAGGUACUUCAAACGGACGGCACCCUUGCGCUUCUAACUGUCGUCGACGCCCUGAAGCGGCCCCAGGGGCUCCAAGGGAAGGUCAAGCUGUGCCUUGGUGCUCGUCGUGAGCCGCUGAUUAAGGAGAAACUCCGGGCCUGCCCACAGCUACGCUUGGAGCAUCUCAACUAUACCGACCUUCGCCAAUACGCUGAGGACACUAUUAUCAUCCCGCCCCAAUACCAGAUUUCCAUUUCUCCGGGCUCCGAAUUUCACGCGCGCAUUACAAAAGGCCCCCAGGUCACUUUCAGUUUCGAGAAUCCACCGACUCCGCGUGAGAUCCGAGACUGGCUCGUAACUGAGCUUGUCGACAGGGCCGAGGGAGUCUUUCUCUGGCUCUGGCUGACGGCCAAAACGGUUAUGGAGGCUCUCUGGCGAGGCGAGAUGGUUGCCGAUCUGAACCACCGAAUCGACAGCCUGCCCAGCGACCCCACCAAACUGUACGCCGAUAUGUGGGCCAGGGCAAACGGUGACAGCGAGCGUCCUCAGCAUCAAGAACGAGCUGCCCUAUACUUCCAGCUGGCCAUCAACGGAAUAUGUUACGAUCGCUUGAGUCUGAUGAUUGCCACAACCACCGAGAUGGCCAGCCGAAUUCGAGACUGCAACCCGUACGAGCCCGGAUUUGCGACAUCGCUAGUUGAGUCAUGCAAGGCAACGUUGCGGGACAUCGAAAUCAGAUGCGCUGGACUCCUCCGAAUCAACCCGAUUCUGGAAAGAAGUCAACCCUCUUUGCUACAGCCUUGGUAUGGCAAGGAGUAUUGUGCCCUGGUUCCUUACGCUGAGGCAGACACAGACGCGGCGCCGUUCGGGUUCGUCCACCGGACUGCCCGCGACUUUUUAACCGACACGGUGGAAGGCUUAAGGAUAUUGAGAAGAGACAAGAUCUCAGAAUGGCAUCUCCGCCAGAGGGUUGUGGCAGCGCGCCUAUCGUGCUGCCGGUUGUUGCGAAUGGCCCCGAUUGUCAAAUAUUUCCAUGAUUAUGGAGACGAGAUGGCGACGUCUACGCAAAAUUACAGCAACCUUUGGCGCCAUUUUGACUCGAUCACUUUGCUACUUGAUGCGCUACCCGAAGGAGACGAAAAGAAUGCAAGAAGCAAGUGUGAUGAACUGCUCCAAUUUUGUGAGCAGCUCUUCAAAUCUGGCCAGCUUUUCGGAGACCCCAGAUUACCCCCCAAUGAAAAGGAUUUUCAGGAAGAGUGGCCAGGGUCGGAUGUGUUUCGGACACGGUAUGAAGUGGUUUUCAAGCGGCAGCAUGAGUUUCUCCUCGAGGCGGCAUCCAUCAACAUGAACAUCUGGCCUUUCAUCUGGGCUAAGGUCCAGGCUAUGGAAUUGGACAAUCAGACACUCUCUGAGCUUCUGCUGCACGUUUGCAACAUCUCGUUUGGUCACUACGAGGAUGAAGAGACGCUCCGAGAUCAGUGGUAUUGGAAAGAACUACAUUUGGGGAGGAAAAAAAGAGAAUUCGACUCUUCCCGCUUGGGAAUUGACUCACGUCUAAAGCUCGCCAGGUUACUCCUGGAGCGAGGCGCUUCUCCUUUACGCAAAGGACCACGACGGCUCGGCUACCAAGACCGGUAUGGUGCUUUUGACUUGGUACACGUUCUUGAGACACCUCUCAAAGGUCUCAUCUCCAGUGUCUGGCGCCUCGACGGUGAUCCGACCAUGAUAGACUCGAACCUGGCCAGACAAAUCAUUGAGCUAAUCCGACUCUUGAUGUCGAAUGGGGCUCGUCUCGAUGGAGAAGAGUUCCGAGUAAGCUACCAGGUCGUAGAAGGACACCUGUUUGAGAGGCCACUUCGAUUUAAAGACUCGAGCGGAAAAGCUCCAGUGAACAUAAUCGAGGGUAUGCAAUUCUUGCAGGCUUACCCCCUCUCGGUGAUAUUUGCUCGAAUUCUCCAGAGCUGGAAGGACCGGUUUCCUGGGAUCGACACCUUUCUUGAAGGUCGAGACACCAUUCAAGACGGGGCCAGGCUGGGACGUUUGAUUCUCAUGCUGCACUCUGAAAGCACACCCGCACGAUCAUGCUUUGUGGAGGCAGGGGAGGAGUUAGAGGAGGAGCUGCUGUGGGUGGCACGAGAAGCCGAGGGAAUACUCCAAGCUCAAGAUCAAGACUUUUGCAGAGUCCCUAUUCCUCUUGAGAUACAACAAGGGUUGUCUCGGGCUCUUGAGCGAAGGCACCCUGAGGGGGCGAAGGAACCGCAUACGUCGCAGCGGCUCUUCGAGGUGUUCCGAAGGGCUGGCAUGACUUCGAUGUACUGGGAAGAAUGGGAGGACGGACGUGCCAUUAUGAACAGGUUUCCGUUGGGCAACUGA